AUGGAUUUCAAUACUAAGGUUGAUGAAUAACUAAUCUAUGAAGGCAAGUGGCUGCAUUACAAAUUUCUUCAUUUUGAAGUAAAUGGACACAAAAAAGUAUGGGAGUUUGUUGAAAGACCUCCAGGUCAUAGAGGAGGUGUAGAAAUCAUACCCAUCAUCAAAUACAAAGAAAAACCAUCUCAGCUGAUUCUCAUUGCCAAUUUUAGACCUCCCAUUAGAAAAUUUUGUCUGGAAUUCCCAUCAGGCUUAGUAGAUCAAGAAGGUACCAUUGAAGAGAAUGGUCUCAGAGAAAUCAAAGAGGAAACAGGAUAUACAGCACAGAUUAGACAUUUUCAAUAUAAUGGAGUGCGCAUAAGAAACGACCCCUGGAAAUCUACAGAGAAUGAAGUAAGCAUUGUUGUUGACAUCGAUGGGGAUUCGGAAGUCAAUCUCAAUCCAAAAUAAUAAUUGGAAUCAGAUGAGAACAUUAUUGUUUACAAAAUGAAUAUGGGAAAGACUUUGGCUGAUGAAAUAUUAUAGUUGGCUAAAGAAAAGGAUUAUGAAAUCAGUGGACUUCUGUGGUUUUUUGCCUUGGGCCAAUAAUUUACCAAUUGA